GGCUGGCGCGCGCGCCCUCCUCGCACCCGAGGCGCCCCCUCCCUCGGAGACCGACCCCCGCCCCACGGCCCAGGCCGGGGCCCGAAACCAGCGGGUGCCGCGCCUCCACCCGGGGCCUCCAUCACCUCCAGCGAAGCAUGUUCCAGGCUGCGGGAGCCGCCCAGGCCACCCCCUCUCAUGAAGCCAAAGGCAGCGGCGGCAGCAGCACUGUGCAGCGCUCCAAGUCUUUCAGCCUGCGCGCCCAGGUGAAGGAGACCUGCACCGCCUGCCAGAAGACUGUGUACCCCAUGGAGCGGCUGGUGGCAGACAAGCUCAUCUUCCACAACUCUUGCUUCUGCUGCAAGCACUGCCACACCAAGCUCAGCCUGGGCAGCUACGCGGCGCUGCACGGGGAGUUCUACUGCAAACCCCACUUCCAGCAGCUGUUUAAGAGCAAAGGCAACUACGAUGAGGGCUUUGGCCGGAAGCAGCACAAGGAGCUGUGGGCCCACAAGGAGGUGGACCCCGGCCCCAAGACAGCCUGAGGCCACGCUGACCUUCCACUCCCCCGGCAGAGGGCCUGGAGCUGGGCAGUGGAAAGGGUGGGAAAGAGGUGGGAGCUGGGAUUGGGUUGGGGGGGCAGGUGGGAGAGGGCCGGGCCUGCACAGACAGAAGCUUCCACGGACAGGGCUCUGCUCCGGGAUUCCUUCCUUCUAAAGUAGGUGGGGGCGAGGGAACCAGGAUCGGUUUGGUCGCCACCCUGCUUCCUGCUUUGAGCCCACCCUCCCCCAUGGCCGUGUGGUAGGCCUGCAAGCCCAACUUCCCUACUUAGGUGCCUUUUCUCCAGCAAGGAGUCAGCAUGCCCCCCUCAGGGUCCUCAGCUCCCUCACUGCCGACCAGGGCUUUGUAUGGCCCCCACCCAGGUCUCCCCAUCUACCUCUGCCCUUAGCCUGGUCCUGAGCCAUGGAGACUGGGAGGAAGGAGAGCAAGUGCCACCUGCUGGGCCACAUGGGAGCCGCCACGGCCAUGGGGGAGGGGAUGGGAAGGGAAAGUGCAGCCCACUGCCCCCAUGGGGCUGGGGACCACCUGGCACCACCCGAACCACAGCUGAGAAGCGGAAGCUAAAGCGCCCGCCAGGCUGAGCGCCUCAGAGACUGGCAGGGGGCUGGCAGUGGCCAUGUUCCCCUCCCCCCUUGUUUCUGCCCCUUCUGUUGUGAUUGCCCCAUUUUAAAGGUGUUUG